GUUGAAUGGUUGCCACGGGAGAUUAAAGGAUUCUUCAAACAUGCAUGAAAGAAUCAAAGCAACACUCCAAGUAUGUUUUAGAUUUACCAUUAUAAUGUUACAAAGUCUAUUUUACAUAACACUGCCCCUUUAAGGCUCUGCAGUUCAGCUUAGUGCUAUACCGAGAUGUCGCCGUCAACAUUUUUUGCAGACCUAUGUGUUUUGCUGUAAUUUUUCCACCCGUCAUCAAUAAAAACUUAACUACUGUAUCUAAGCGUGAUGAAUUGUGGCGGCUCUGUCACAGAUUGACGUCUUUCAUUUUCCAAAUCCCUUUUGGCGUCUUGCUUCUUCUCCGGGCCGUUUCCUUCAUGCAUCCUCUUUAGCCACGCUCCUUGUAAUUGCAUCACUAUAUUACACUCGACAGUUUUAAAUGAGACUUCCUCUUAAUUUUAGCAUCAUUCAUUUUCGGGGCAGAUGGAAGUGGGAUCUUCCUCGUUCUUCUUUUGUGUCUUGAUGAAAGCUUUCAGAAGAUUUCCUCGGCCUUCUCAAGCAGUGUGGGAGGUUUAGGCUGUAUAAUUUUCACUAACUGCAUGUACAAGACCUAAAAUAAAACAUUAAUUCCAAACGUAUCUACAGAAAUAUUUUGGAGUGAAAUGAUGUCUAUCUAAUUAAUCAAUCAAAUAGUGAUUAUGCCGCUUUUAUCUGUGAUUUGUGUUGUUUAGUCAUACUAAAAUAGUUUUCUUUUACGGCCAGUUAAGUCCAGAAAUCAGACUCCGUCUUUUCAACCAUUAUUCACUCGGAGCAAAGCAUAAAGUUACAAAAAAGUAUCAAAAUUAUGAAAAGAAGCAGUUACAGUAGAUGGAUAAUACUUAAAUUAAAUAGCACUGAUGUAAUGUGAUGUUGGUUAUUUAAGUUACUAAGAAAAAUCUUUUUUUUUAAAAGAUGACUCUUUAUGUUCACUAAGCAAUAUUUUCCUUUAAGGCUGGAAUUAGAUUUAUUUACCACAAACACAGCUACUUCCUACAACUUAUUUUUAAUAACUUGUCACAAACAACUAAGUUAGCUGCAAAGUGCUAUGUUAUGUUUUACAUCUGGAACAUCUGGGAUUCAAAUGUCCCACAAAUUUACAGCAAAUGUAAUUAAAUGUGCCACAGAUGAUUACACAGAAUAAAUAAAUAUCCUUUGAUAAUUGUAUACAUUUAUUUUUUAAUCAUUUAAAUAAAUCCUGUGGUUCUGUCAUCAGUACCUAUUACUAAAAGUAAAAAAAGUUUAGUACCUACUGUCUGAUGUAGUUUUUUAUUUUUAUGACUAAUUGUUUGAGUCAUGACUUUUCAUUUUAACAUAAUAGCGACCUAUAGUUGAUAGUCUUAUAUUCCACUUUGUGACAUUAAAUUGUCCAGUCGGGGCAGAUUUUAACUUCCAUAAAGCUUUCAGUGCAGCAUUUCAUUAAAAUACUAAUCAAUAAUCUAGUUUGAUUUGAAACCUGCAUUUAAAAGAUAAAAAUUGAUAUUCUCAGUGUUAAUGUCAAUUACAAAAUCCUUUCUUUUUAUGACAAAAAAGAUGAAAAGUCUUCAUUAUGUCUACAGAUAGCUGUUAAUAUUAACAUUGGUGGAAAAUAUGCCUCCUGUCUAGAUUGAAGUAAGCAUUUGCAUAUGUAAAAAAAAAGGGAACAAAAUGUUCUGCUACCAAUACGCGAGCAAUUAUUCGUGCCUGUAGAGGGCACUAUUGAGCAGACUUGAAUUUCUCAGCUUUGUCUUGUUUUGUUUUUAUCUUCAAUCUGUCCAUGUUAUGAUGAAUAAAAGGCAGUCUAGAAUAAAAAGAAUUCAUAUGUAUAAACAUCUGGAAAAUCUCUUCUCUUUAUGUUUGUAAAGGAUCUCUUACUAUGCUCCCUUCUAUAAAAGAUGAGUGUAAGAUAAAGCAGUCGUUUGAAAGCAAUAACCUUCUCAGGCUACUCUGUCACUUUGAAGCUUGUGUUUUGACUUGAUUUCCGCUGGCUUACAGUGUGAGUGAGGAGCUGUGUACAUCCCUAAGUAUGCUACAGCUACAUUAUAUCCUAGCUGACACAUGGCUUCCCUUAGGGAGGUUUCCUUGACGGGGUCACAUGCCGCACAUGAGUAACACAGACUGAGGCUGGAAAUUAUGCGAGUGGACCCUCUCCUCUCUCUCACUCCUUUUUUGUACGCAUACACAAUGGUUUUGCUUCGCCUUAUCCAGCAACUCUGUGGCACUUUAGAGCUUUAAAGGUUUGGAGAGAGCAGCACCUAGAAUGAUCCACACCAUCUGCUUUAAAAAAAAAACAAAAAAACGGAUGUAACAAUAAACAGAGAGGGAGAAAUUCCUGUUACACUAACACAGCAAAAACACGCAGUGCCUCACAAAAGAAUUCAUGGUGAAGCAAUUUACUCUCAUUAGAUUAAAAGAUUAUGAAAGAACAGCAAACCUGCCAGGACAUUUGAAUUGCUUAGACUUUUUUUUUUUUGAAGAAGAAGAAGAAACAUUUAGAAAUUGAACCACUUGACUUACAUGCUACUUCAAUACUAAUAAGUGUGACACACUACUAGCUGGUAAGUUUGAAAUGUAGUCGAAACUCAAGAAUUGCGGGUAGAAAUUGUAAGAAUUUGUAGCCUCAAACAAUGGCUGUUUGGGCGUCGCCAUUUUGGAAUCCCAACAACUCAAAGAAUGUUAAUGGGGUGUUCCAUUUGUAGUCAAAGGCAACAAAUCCCAGCUCUCCAGCUGGAAAGAAAUCAUCCAGAAUGCUCCUCAAAGUUGGACUUCCCACUCGGAAAGCCAGAGAGUCAAUUUUGAGAUCCAACAUGGCCGCUCCUAGCAUCAACAAUAGCAAGCUGUGGUGGAAACAUGUUUAUUUUAUAACACACACUUGUACUACGUUUAUAAUCAAUGUUACAUGUAGCUCUGACAACUGUAAAAGAACCAAUUAAAACUGGUGUUUGCAUGAAGAAGUACGUCUUAAGAUUAAGUUUGUAAGAGGUGCUACAAACAAUGGUGACUUGGGUGUUGCCGUAUUGGAAUAUCAACCACUCUCACUCCUCCCAGUAUGCUAACAGUGUGUUCUGUUUGUAGUGAGGACUUGGAAAUCAGCUGGAAUGCCCCCGAAAUCGGACUUCCCACUCAAAAAGUCAAAGAAAUCUCAAUCGACAUUUUUGAGAUCAAAUAUAUCCCAGGUUCAGCAGUAGUAAGCUGUGCUGGAAACAUGUUUAUUUUACAAGACUACAAGCGUAUUUAGAAUGAAUGAUACCCUUAGCUCCGGCAACAAUAAGCCCAAACAAAUUAAAAGUGUUUGCUUAUGGAAAAUACAGCUUAAAACAAUCUUUGCAAGAGGUGGCACAAACAGUGACUACUGUAUUGAAAUCCCGACUUCUCCCUUUAUGCUAGCAGGAAUGAUGGUUAACUCGGGUGUGACGUCAUUCCCAGCUCCAACUUCCGAGAUAAAUGGAACCAGCGUCACACUUCUCAUGCCUUGAUUUAACACACCAUUACCAUGUUUUACUCCACAAUAAAACAUGGUAAUGGCGGCAUUAUGCUGUUAGAAGAAGGUCAAAGAAGGUCAAAGUUGAUGAACAUGGAAGGAGCAAAAUGCAAAUUUGUAUUCAAACAGAUUUUUAAAUGUCAAAUAAAAUAAGAAGGAGAUACAUAAAGGUUGGAAGUCUGAAUAUUUUAAAGAGGUCUGAAUACUUUUGGAAGGUACGUUCUGGGGAGAUUUUCUUCUGUUUUCCUGUAGCAGCCUGGAGGCUUUUUUAUCCCACAUAUCAAUUUAGCAGCUACUAAAUAGCAAUUUGUAUGAUCAGAAUUCCAUCUCUACAACUUAAACGUGUGAUUACAUGUUCUAGGACAGCAAUUUGUGGUUAGGGUGCCAAUAUUUGUCAGUCCUGAUGAAAGAUUUAAACUCUGUUAUGGCAUAGAGGGGGAUCCCUGUAGUUUCCCUUCCAUGCACCCCCUACUGGUGAUAGCCGGAAAAUUUAAAUCCUGGUUUCAUCGAACUCGUUGAACUUCCAGAAAACUGCUUAAAAAAAAUCAACUGCUCGCUCGCUGUAAAUCCUACAUUUAUCAAAUAAAAUGUCGUAUGUUUCUGUUGUCAUAUCCUUCAUUCGUUCGACUACGAAGAGUAAAAAGAAAAAAAAAAGAGAGAAGGAGUGGGUGGAUGAGGGCACAGUCAUUUAAAAAAAGAGAAAAAAAAACUGAGCAGAGCGCAUGCGCCUGAUUUGAAGAGAAUACGCCAUAUUGAAUUCCCGUAGGAAUCACGGCAUUCUUGCAGCUACGAGGGCCAGUUUAUUAAUGGUCCGAAAUUGACUUCAUGUUUUUAUUCCGCCUCGUUCUGUGACACCGAAUAGAUCAGCGAGUCUCGUCGGAACCGGUACAGCGGCGCAGAUUCAAAACGGGCUCGCUAACGACAGGUUACUUGUCGGGGGAGUGGGGGGUGGGGGGUUUACCAGGCAGAGGAGUUGAAUGGAUCCGAGGGUAGCUUGGAUUCAGCCGGAGCAGAAAGGACCUGCGAACGCCUUAUGGAUGCAAAUCUGGGAGACCUCUCAGGGAGUACGGACGCUCUCCGCUCACACUCGGAACCACAGCCGGUGUGUGAGUUAUGCGGCUUUGAUGGCUUUGAAUAAUGUGGCGGCCGCGGCGGCAUCGUGCAAGAGCGCCUGCAGCCCGAGCAACGGGAACGUUACAGGCAGCCUGAGUAACGGCAGCAGCCAUCACAGCAUCAUGAACUGCCCCGCACGCAGCGGCGGCGCGGCCACCUCCACGCAAGGGACACCGGCGACCAACGGGACCGCACAAAGCUCCCUCCCGAUGGCGAACGAGCCGAGCGGGGCCAAAAUCCCGAUCCCGAAGACGGGCUCCGUCUCCUCGUCGUCCUCGCAGGAGUCGGGGACAGAGAGUCCCGUUUCCAGCAGCUCGCUUCCCGAGAGGACUUUGGGUGGAAACGUGGGGGGCGACUACAACAAGAACGUCGGCGGCGCCGGUCUGCUCCUCGGCUUGAGCGACGGCGCGGAAAACAACGCGAACCUGUACCAUCAGCAACAUCAGCGCAGCCCCGAGGAGCAUCCGGCUUUUAAUUUGCAGCAGAUCUGCGCGAAGCAGCAUCAGGUCCACCACUCUGCCGUGCCCGUUAAUCACACACACAAUCUCCACCCGGGCCGGAGGAAAAGUGACAACAAGGCGAGUACCUAUGGGAUGAAUUACCUGCUUUCGAACUGCACUAAUGGGAAUCAUGUGAACAAUUGGACGCCGUGGAAGAAGAGGAAAUACAGCUCAGGAGUGCUUGGACUCCACGAAGAGGUGAUGGACUUUUACAACUUCAUGUCCCCGCGACCUGAAGAGGCAGCUAUGAGGAAGGAGGUGGUGAAGCGAAUAGAGAUGAUCAUCAAGGAGCUGUGGCCUACUGCGGAUGUUCAGAUAUUUGGCAGCUUCAGCACAGGGCUCUACCUUCCAACAAGCGACAUUGACCUGGUGGUGUUAGGGAAGUGGGAGCGCCCUCCGCUUCAAGAGCUAGAGCAAGCUCUACGGAAACACAAUGUGGCCGAACCUUUCUCCAUUAAAGUGCUGGACAAGGCUACAGUGCCGAUCAUCAAGCUGACUGACCAAGAGACCGAGGUCAAGGUGGACAUCAGUUUUAACAUGAAAAGCGGGGUGAAGGCGGCAAGCUUCAUUAAAGACUACUUAAAGAAGUAUCCUGUGCUGCCUUACUUGAUCUUUGUGCUGAAGCAGUUUCUGCUGCAGAGGGAUCUGAACGAAGUCUUCACUGGGGGCAUUAGCUCUUACAGCCUCAUCCUUAUGGUCAUCAGUUUCCUACAGCUCCAUCCACGUAUCGACGCCAGAGACCCCAACCAGAACCUGGGCGUGUUGCUGAUCGAGUUCUUCGAGUUGUAUGGCCGCCAUUUCAACUACUUGAAAACAGGGAUCCGCAUCUCAAACGGAGGUGCGUACGUUACCAAAGAGGAAGUGAUGAAGACCAUGACGAACGGAUACACCCCAUCCAUGCUCUGCAUAGAGGACCCACUGCUUCCAGGUAACGACGUGGGGAGGGGUUCUUAUGGCGCCAUGCACGUAAAGCAGGUGUUUGACUACGCCUACACGGUCCUCAGUCACGCCGUGACGCCGCUCGCCAAGUCCUACCCCAAUAAAGACUGCGAGAGCACGCUGGGGAGGAUAAUAAGAUUAACCCAAGAAGUCAUUGAAUACAGGGAGUGGAUUAUUAAGAAGUGGGGAGGCAAGGACUCAUCGCAGACGGACAACAGAGCGUCUUCUCCCAAGGAGCCCAUUUCGGAGCAGGAGUCCUGUGUGCUGGGUGUUGGUAUUGUAGGUCCUGAGGAUCAGCAGAGGGACUCUGCUUCACCUCACAGCGCAGACUCUCCCAUGUCCAUCUCCAGCCCCAAGCAGCACUCAUCGGCCUCAUCCGUUUCCUCGCUGUCUGGCUCCGACAAUGACUCUGACUCAGCGUUGCCAUACACCCUCCCUCCUCCGACCCUGUCGGCGUACGCGUCGUUCCCGGCGCUCGGCCUUGCCCUGCAGCCAAGCAUCCACCUGGGCACCGGAAAGCACGGCAUGGGAGGACGCCAUCUGCUGCUUCCUCCGGGUUCACAGGCUCACGUCUCGCUACCCAGCGGUCUAGCAAUGCACUCCAUGCCUGGCAGACAGGUGUGUAUGGACACCGGACUCCCCUCCUUCUACCACAUGCCCCCCCCAGCCCAUGCUCAUACCCCUGCCCCCUCCAGCCCCCAGCCUCCGCUCAGCCCCCACUCCAGCCACACACACAAGAGUGGAACAAAGUUCAACGUGAAGGGCUUCCACAACCCGCCGCCGGUGAACGGAGCCGCCCUGGCUAACCGCGGACACACACAUGCGCAGUAUCACCGCAACUCGUGGACGCGGCGCAGGAAGAGGGACAGCCUGCCCGUCAGCCUCAGCAGAUAGAAACCACUGCUUCUUCCCCUUUAACCUUCUCUCCCUCUUUUUUUUUUUUUUUUGGUCUCCCCAACUUGACACCCCUAAACGGGACAGACGGACGGAAAGAGGGAUCAGAGACCAGCUGUUCUCACUUUUUUUCCUUGGAGCAGCAUCCCUUUAGAUCCGUAUCGUCCUCCGCUCUUCUUUUUCGUUUCAGUAUUAUGUUCCUGUCGGUGUUGUCACUUUUUUUUUUUGUUGUCGUUUCCGGCGGUGACGGCACUACCUCUCCAACCCUUUCGGCAAAGCCGCUUGUGGUUUGGUGUUACACUUUUUUCUUUUUUCUUAUGUUUUUUCUCAGCACACUUGAGCAGUUUUUUUGUUUUGUUUUUUUUUUGUUUUGUUUUUUUUGUUUGGUGCAAUAAUGUUUUUUCUUUUCAAAAUUAAAGCUGUUAUUUAAUUGUGUGUGUGUAUAUGUAAAGGCAUUUUUAUAUUUUUAUUUUUGUAGUUGUAAAAUUUUGUUUACAAAGCGUCUCCCCGGGCAACAUCUGUGGAGGCUUAGAGCGUGCAUCUCUGUACUGACAAAGUUGGGAUGGACCUGACUUUAAACUUUAAACCCCGCCCCCGCCCCCUCCUCCUUUUUCUUUUUUUUUUUUUUUCCUUCAAAUGUGUUGAUCUUCUUUAUUUGGCAUCAAUGUGGAGGUCAAAGAAAGCUUUGAUUGCAAUAUUGUCUGUUUUUCAUCCUACUUCCCAUUGAGUUUCAACCUCGGAAGUUUUGUCGAUGUGAUAAGAUUGUGCAUAUCUUCCUUCCACUAAAUCUUUUACACAGGGGAUAAAGGGAGGGUGGGCGGGAUUAGGAAAUGCUUCAGCUCAGCUUACUUGAAUUGAAAGAUCAAGAGUCUCAGUAAUGGAUAUAAAUCAGUGCAGACCGACAAUAUUAAGACACACAGCAAUGAGGUUUUCUCCUUUUUGGAACAAAUGGGGGGAGAAAACAAAAAGAAAGAGGAGGUGGGAGGAUGAGACCUGAUGGGAGUUAGUUCUUCCUGAACCAAGAACUCUUAAGAAAGGGAAUUAUAUUUUGAUUCCAUUCAGGAAUCUGGUGUAUAUUUAAUUGCCAGGUACUUCCGAUAAUUGUUUGCAAUGCCUUUCUUUGUGUUUACGCGGAGUGUGUGUCUGUUUUCUGCGAACACACACACAUAUACAUAUACGCUCAAUCAGGUCUGUGGAAGACUGAGCAGAACUGGUGUUAUUACUAUGCAAAAGGAUUCCUCUUGAUUAUCGUGUCAACCGUUGUACGUUCCCAUGACUACACCGCUUCAGACUGACGCUCAGGCUCGAGCCAACUCAUGUGAACUCCGCCCCCCUCCCCCACUUUUUUUUUUUUCUUUUAAAUGAAGGCCCUUACGUGUUCUGAAGUCUAUAGUUUUCUACAUAUGUCAUAAAUACGGACUGGGGAGAGUGGUGUUUAUGCCAGCGACUAAGUCUUGGGUUGGUGUAGUGUGUGACGUAGUUUAAAAAAAAAAAAAAUGUGUGUGAGAAAUUGAUAAUUUUUGACUUGCCAUUGCAGGUUUUUAAUCAGAAAAAAAAAAUAGAAAAAAAAAAUUACACAAAAAAAAAAAAAGCCUGCGGUAGUGCGCCCGGAGAGCGGCUUGCUCUCUUGCCGGCGGCACUUUCAACAAAAGGGGUCGCCAAAGUGGUCCGAAAAACAAUUCUUGAGUUUUUACUGAGAUUUUUUCCUUCAGCACUGUUGAAACUAUUUAUUUAUAUGUUCUUGUUUCAAAGAAAGCUCAGCAACUCUAAUCUGUCGGUCAAAACUGCAUCUGGCGUCCUAUUUUUGUUACAUUUAACCAAAAGUUUAAAGGAAAAAAAAAAAAA